AUGGGACUAUUUCCUUGAACAUCAGCCAUGGCGAGCCGGCUUCUUCCCUUUCACUUGCUGCAUCUGUUUCUGAUCCUGGAGUCCGGCUGGGGUAAGCUCGUGGCUGAGGAUCGCGGCGAGGCCGUGCGUCAAGGUGCCGGCGUCGCGCCGGUUGCAGACCAGCGCGUUCUGGCGCAGGAGGGCGCAACGCGGGACAUGGUCUCCAUCAGCAUGUUCAAAGUGUACGAGAAGUACAGUAAGGAGCCGCAGGGCCGGAGGGACGGAAACACCGUGAGAAGUUUUAAAGCUGUCCCGAGAGUCUCACAUGGCAAAGAAGUGUUCCAGUUCAACCUCUCCUCCAUCCAAGACUCAGAGCUCAUCCUCUUUGCAUCUUUUCACUUCCUCUACAAGCGACCCCGCCACCACCAGCGACUGUGGCGUUUCCGGAGGCCCCGCCACCCGCCCGGCGGCCUCCAGCAUCUCCAUCCUUCCUCCCCGCAGAUCCUCUUCCACGGAUCAUCCCCAAACUCAGCUUUUUCGACACCGCUGGGAAACAUAAGUCUGGCUCCUUUCAAGAAAGGCUCUUGGCAAUCGAGGGAUAUAACGGCGCUGGUGAAACACGCCAGGGAUGUCAAAGAGGUUGUGGUAACAGUGGAGUUUGAUAUGGAGUUUGGGGUGCCGCGGAUGCAGCAGAGGAGCCCUCAUGGACAAGAGCGCCUCUCUCCAGCCAACCUGCCAUACAUUCUGCUAUACGCUGACGAUCGAGCUAUAGAUGAGCCAAACAGUGUGGCCAUGUCACUCCAGCGGUAUGGGCCCUUCCCUGUAGGGGACGACGCAUCUUCCUCAGCCUCAGCCUCAAGGAUCCGGAGGGAGCUUCAUCUCCAGAUCCAAACAAAUGAUAUCCCAGAGGUCCAAUUCAACACCUUGAAGAAUCACGAACUGUGGCAGAACACAUAUUUCCCAGCUAAAGCCAAAGCAGCGGUCAAACCAGGAAGGAAGCAGGGCCAGGAGAGCGGCGAGGGCCUGAGUAAGCCACAGGUGCUGAGCUUUGAUGAGAGGACAAUGAAGAAGGCCAGGAGGAGACAGUGGAGCGAGCCCAGGGUUUGCUCCCGGAGGUACCUCAGGGUAGACUUCGCUGACAUCGGCUGGAGCGAGUGGGUUUUGGCGCCAAAGUCCUUCGAUGCCUACUACUGCGCCGGGACCUGUGGGUUCCCCAUCCCUAAAGUGGCGCGGCCUUCCAAUCACGCCACCAUCCAGAGCAUCGUCAGAGCUGUGGGAAUCGUCCCCGGUGUCCCUGAACCCUGCUGCGUUCCAGAGAAGAUGAGUCCUCUCGGCGUGCUUUUUCUCGACCCGCACAGGAAUAUGGUUCUCAAGGUUUACCCCGGCAUGUCUGUGGAUACCUGUGCCUGUCGGUAGGCCUGGAGCCAUGGGACACCACCAGAACUGCAACUGAUGGAGAUGAAUAACAGUUAGAAGGACAUAACUGUAGAUUGAGCAUACAGCAGGAGAGCACUUUUCAGAUUGAAGGACAGUUGUGGUGAGAAACACUGAAGACAACUGAGAGAGAUUGGAACUAAUGUGAUAUGACUGUCAGGGCUGUAGUUGAAUAAUUUUUUUCUGAGUUCUUGGACUUGUUUGGUGUCUACCAUGGUUUGACAUUGCCUUAACUUGUUCUUGAUUACCUAAAAACUUUCAUAGUCUUUCUUCAUUUGGUCCACUUUCAUUUAUUUUUCCCCUGCUUCAAAAAUAGCUUUAGGAAGUGCACUUAAAGAAACCUGUGUUUAUAAUUCUCUGUAUUAAUUUGCUAGAUGUUGGGUUUAGUUCAGAGCUCUUGCAGGUAUAUUUCUAUUGAUUCUUAAUAAGCUUUUUCAGUCCGCUUUUGCUCUUGUUUUACAUUUGGAAAGAUUUAUAAAGGGAUUUUUGCCUGUUUAGAUUUUGGAAAGAAAUUGCUCUGGUCUCCGUCUGGACUCUACUGGGCCUGGUUUUGGAAUCUACUCAGUCUCCAGUUGACUACAGCCCCAUGUGAGAAACCUAUACAGCCCUUUUAGACUCGUUUUCGAUGAGCUCAGUGGUAGAUGAUCUGGGUUUCAACAAUUUCUGAAACCUUCUGACAUCAGUAUUCUCCGCCGCUCGCCUCCGUUUUACAGAUUCAGGACAGAAGUAUGGACAAACUGAUGAACUGCACACUGACCCACAGACUCAGGAGCAUUUUGGACACAGAGGUUGAAUGGCAGCACGCUGACAUUCCACCAAAUUAACCAACCCUUGUUGUGUAAAUACUGCAGCUACUAAUGCAAACUGAACGGUACUUGUUUCUAAGUGAGGUGUCACUCUUAGUGACACAUUGAUUUCAUUGAACGCCUCCCAUAUAUUAGCAAGAAAUGUUAUUCAUGCAUGAGAGGUCAUAUCUUCUUUGAAAUAUAUUUCAGUAGCCAUUUGUUUAUAUCUUGUAUAUAGUGAGUGUAUUUUGUCACUGAGAGUUUACUUAACUGAAACAUUGUUGUUGCAUGUUUCUGCCACAGCGAAGAGAAAAAAAAUGGUGCGUUGCUGCCACCUGCUGUGCAUUUUGGGAAAGUUGAAGGGACUUAAUUGCGAAUCAAAAAGUUACAGUACUUCCUGUGGCUAGUCCAUAUUUCCCCUUAACACAUAAAUACUGUUUAUAAAAGAAGAAAUGUACAGUUUGUAAUAUGUACAGUAGUGAUAAAAAGAUUUCCAUAGUCACUAAAAAUGGAUAAACGUAUCCAACCCUGUAACUGUAUGGCUAAAAGUGUAUUUGAAUAGACUGAUGUGUGCUCUAACAAAUCACAGACAUAAUGUAUGCUUGGUAUGGAAAUAAACUGAACUGCACACAGAGCCAAACAUACUUAUUGGCUUUAUUAGAUUUUUUUUUUGUCUAAGUAUAGAAAGCAUAGAUGUAGAUGUUUACUUAGAUGUGUGUACAUUUGACAUAUACCUUACCAUUAUUUACUGUAUAUCAAUGUAAUAUAAAAUA